CCUCGAGGCCCGUGACUCAGCGCCACCUCCCAGCCGCCGUGCUCGCGCCGCGCACCCACGGACACGACACAGACACUCUCUGCAGUACCGCGCGGUGGAUGGAGGCGGCCCGGGGCGGAGUGAGCACACUGCGUACGCGGGCGCCUAGCCAGUGAACAUGCUGAUCACGACGAACGCGCUCGCGCCGCCGGCCAACUGCAGCGACCUGAGUAGCCUGUGCUGCCUGCCGAGCCGCGCCGCACCCUCCUGGGGCAAGAUGGACCUGCCAGGGGUGCCACCGCCGCUCACCAGCUCCGCCGCUGUCGCCAUGUUGCCCAGCCUGCCUUGCUCGCCCGCAGCAGUGUCUUCGCCGACGCCGACCGUGGGCGUGGUGUCGUCGCCGCCCAUGUCGUCACCCGGGGGCGGCGGAGGCGGCGCCGGGGGCGGCGCGGCUUCGGCGGGCCCGCAGCAGCUGCGCGAGCUGUACGCCGCGGCCGCUGCCGCGGCGCACCACCCGCUGGCGUCGCUCGUGUCGCAGCAGCGCCUGCUCGAGCUGUCGCGCCUCGGUCUGCGCCACUACGACCUCGCCUCGCACGUCCUCACCCAACAGGGCGCCGUCUCCAAGCUGCUCGGAACUCUUAGGCCGCCAGGCCUUAUUGGAGGCAGCAAACCUAAGGUGGCCACCCCGGCAGUCGUCUCCAAGAUAGAGCAGUACAAGAGGGAGAACCCCACCAUCUUCGCCUGGGAGAUUCGUGAAAGGCUCAUCUCUGAAGGCGUGUGCACGAACGCGACGGCGCCCAGCGUGAGCAGCAUCAACCGCAUCCUGCGGAACCGCGCGGCCGAGCGCGCGGCCGCCGAGUUCGCGCGCGCCGCGGGCUACGGGCUGUACCCGGGGGCGGCGGCGGCGGCUGCGGCCAGCGGCCACCCGCCCGCCGGCUACGCCUUCCCCUGGGGGCCGCAGCUGUGGGCGGCCGCGCCGCUAGGUCUGGGCCUGUCGGCCGCCGCCGCCGCCGCCGCCGCCGCCGCGCAGGCGCACCACGGCCAGCCGCCCGGCGCUCAGCCGCAGGCGCCGGGGCAGGCCGCCGCCCCCCACGACGCCGCCGACCUCAUCGUGCCGCGCCUCAUAGAUGUCGACGGCAGUGCCAGCGGAGGAGUCUGCAAGGACGACUCGAGCAGCCUGGAUGGUUCCGACCAGCCCAAGUUCCGGCGCAACAGGACCACGUUCAGCCCCGACCAGCUGGAGGAGCUGGAGAAAGAGUUCGAGAAGAGCCACUACCCCUGCGUCAGCACGCGGGAGCGCCUCGCCUCCAAGACCAGCCUGUCGGAAGCCAGAGUGCAGGUUUGGUUUUCCAACAGACGAGCCAAGUGGAGGCGCCACCAGCGCAUGAGCCUCCUAAAGCGGGCGUCGCCGGGGGGGCCGACGCCGGCGCCGGCGCCGCCCCCGCCGCCCCCGCAGGCGCCCGCUUCCAGCCCUGCUGGCCGCUCCACGCCUUCGGCUCAACGCAGCUCCUACUGCAGCACGCACCAGCUGCAGAUGGGCGGCGAAAACAGCGCUUUUAGGGCGCUGCCGGCCAGGGUCGGCGGUCUGGCCGCGCCGCCACCGCAGCCGCCCCCGCAGCGGACGCCGUCGCCUCGCGACUGCCACUAUGCCUCGUCCGACUCCGAGGAGAUCAACGUCAACGACGACUCGGACGACGAUGACUUCCGAAGGGAGCGGCUGCGCCCGGAGGGGGCGGCGUUGGUCAACGGCCGCGGGGAGGCGGCGACGGACGCGGGGGCGGAGGUGGAGGCGGCGAGGGACGCGUGGGAGGCGGCGGGGCAGCAGCCCCUGCAGCUCACCAAGCACGACCGCGAUCGCAUCUAG